CAGAUGAGCGCGUGCGCAGCGCUUUGCGUUACUCUGAGCAGCAGCAGACUGUCCGGUAACUUUUGUGCAGCCGGUGCGGUGCGAGCUCUCGGUUUCACGGUGAGAAGAAGCGUUGGAUGCGUCUUUAUUUCCCUGAGUCCCGCCGAGCUGCUGACAGGUGUUGCUGGGGCGCGCCGCCCGCAGAGAGAACAUGUCCAAUGGCAAAGACGCAAAUGCUGCAGAGAACUCCUCACAGAUGACCCUGAAGGAGAGCCUGGAUGAGUGUAUGGAAGCUUUGGAUCUCUUCCUUAACAACCACUUCAGCGAGAGCCUGGAGAGGUUGCGGCCAAGAGUGAAUGAGAGUAUGUACCACGCUCUUAUCUACGCCACAGUGCUGGAAAUGCAGGCCAUGAUGACUUUCCAGCCGGAUGACAUCAGCAACGCGGGAAAUACCAUGAAGAGUGCCCAGGAGGUCUGCCAGAGGUUUCGACGGAAGUCUCCGAGUUUGGUUGGCAAGUCAGUCGGCGAGUCACUCACUGAAGUGCAGCUUCAUGCUGAAGUGUGUUACGCAGAGUGCCAACUCCAAAGAGCUGCUCUCACCUUCUUACAGGAUGAGAACAUGGUGAGUUUUAUCAAAGGAGGGAUCAAAGUACGAAACAGUUAUCUAAUUUACAAAGAACUCCAUUCGUUCAUAAAAUCUCACAGCUGUCUGAAAGAAGCGAGCCACGUGCACUUAGAGGGAGGAAUAUCAUUUGGGAUUGGAGCGUUUAAUCUGACGCUCUCUCUGUUUCCUCCACGGAUACUCAAAGUUUUGGAGUUUGCAGGCUUCUCUGGAGACAAGGAAUAUGGUCUGUCUCUGCUGCACGACGGCGCGACGGGGAUCAAUCUGCGCUCCAUGCUGUGCGCUCUGCUGCUGCUCUGCUACUACACCUUCCUCACGUUCAUUCUAGGUACAGGUGAGGGAGAAGUGACUGAAGCUGAGCGGCUGCUGAAACCUUUCCGUCUCCGCUACCCUCGGGGAGCGAUAUUCCUCUUCUUUGCAGGCAGGACUGAGGAAAUCAAAGGGAACAUUGAUGAGGCGGUGGCGCUCUUUGAAGACGGCUGCAAGGCCCAGCAGGCGUGGAAGCAGUUCCACCACAUGUGCUACUGGGAGCUGAUGUGGUGCUUCACCUACAAGCGAGCGUGGAAGAUGGCGUACUUCUACGCCGACCUGCUGAGUCAGGAGAGCCGCUGGUCCAAGGCCAUGUAUGUUUACAUGAAAGCUGCGUACCUCAGCAUGCUGCCUGAGGACGAGGCCCGGCCUUUUGGGGAGGACGAGGUAGACCUCUUCAGACAAGUGCCCAGUUUCAAGCAGAAGAUAGCAGGGAAGUCUCCCCCGACUGAGAAGUUUGCCAUCAGGAAAGCGAGACGCUACAAGGCCCGCUGCCCCAUCAGGCUCCCAGUGCCAGUGCUGGAGAUGAUGUACAUGUGGAACGGCUUCAGUAUGAUCAGUAAACGACCCCAGCUGACUGAAGGCAUGAUGCAGGUUUUGGAGGAGGCAGAGCGCACCCUGCAGGAGGCUCCAGAGAACGAGUAUUCGGUGGAUGACCGCUGUGUGAUCGAGCUGCUGAAGGGUCUGUGUCUGAAGAAUCAGGGUCUCCUGCAGGCCGCCGAGGAAUCCUUCAGCAGAGUGUUAACCAGUGAAAAGAAGAUCAGGUACGAUCACUACCUGGUGCCAAACUCUCUGGUGGAGCUCAGUCUGCUCUACAUCGAUCAGGGCAGACGGGACGAUGCCAUCAAACUGCUGCACAAAGCCAAACACAACUAUAAAGAAUACUCGAUGGAGUCUCGCACGCAGUUCAGGGUUCACGCUGCGCUCGCCAAACUGAAGGCUGACCCCGGGGACGAGGAGGACACUCACAUGUAGGAGGACUUUUUUCUUUUUUUCCCACACUGUGUUUCCAUCACAGUUAUGGCUGUUUUAGCCAAAACAAUUUUUUGUUUUAUUUUUAAACCAAAUCCAUUUUUAGCACGUGAUCUCUGAGUAUUUAAUCACCGUGUCACCGUCCACGCCAACAUUUCAUCGGACGAACCUGUUUUCCAGGAGCCCGAGCUUCCCGACAUCACGAGCACAAACGCGGAGUUUGACAGUUAGAGCUGAGGGACAGUGUGCAUACAGGAGACAUUUUAUUUUAUUUUAUGGACAAUGUUUUUAUUGUUUACAUUGAAAAUUAAAGAACACUAAGUUUUAAUCAACAAUUGAUAGAAAACCACUAUGAAUAUAUAUAUAUAUAUAUCUUUUUGAUUUAAUGAACUGUUUAAUGACUUUAUUUUACUGUUUUUGAAGAUGAUUAUUUGAUCAUUUAGUAUCUUUGCAGUGAUGUUUUAGAGCGUUAUGAUGUUCACUGUGUUUUAUAAAAGGAGCAUUCAGGCCACAUUGGAAAAAAAAAGACAUUUUUUCAUAAAAUA